CAUUAGCCCGCAUAAUGCAGAUGCGAACACUUAUUCUAGAACUCUUGGAAGAUUAAACAUUGCAAUGCACUGAGUGGCCGUGAUCGCAGGCGGUGAAAAACCGAUGCACGUCAACCCCAUGUGCGGCGUGUUCGGAGGGGUCCCAGACUCCGAAAAGAAUCGCCUUCAGCCUGUCAUACUAGUGGUGUCUUUUUUCCCCUCUCGUUAGAAGCCAAAAAAAAUUCCGACAAACCCAAAAUGACUCAAGCCAUGUACUAAUCUCAUUUCUCAUCAUUAUAUUCUAUUAUUUCAGUCGCCUAUCGAUCAAUCCAGUGCUACCAUCUUCUUAUUUCCUCAUCCAGUUUCCUACAAAACCCCACAUCCCAGUCUUCUCCGCCGCCAUAGUAAGAAAUAGCUAUGGGUUCCGGAUCUCCUCCUCCCACAGGUCCAAAGCCCAAGUCGGUGAUACCUUCUCAUCUCCUGAACGGCGGCUCUCCUUUGAAUAAUACGUCUGUUGCCUCUCGAGACGCGCGUGAGCGAGAAAGUGUUCAAACUUCGAUCCGGUCAUCUUUCGCUCCUCGCAUUCCCGCGGAGUUUGACCUACCCGAGUCGGACGCGCCAGCGGCUGAUCAUGCUAGCAGCUACGACAGCCCUCGCCGCCGGAGCUCCGUGGUUACAAAGCCCACGCUGAAUGAUCCAGCCCGCGAUCCGAGAGAUGACGCCGGUGCGCUAACCCCCACCGCAACUGUCAGCCGUCCAGACAGCCCGUAUACCUUGAACCCGCCGAUCGACUUUGAUGGACUCAGCUGGCCCUGCCCUGGCACUCGCGCACGAUUGGAGUCUUCGCCAGAAGAAAAUGAGGAGCGCAUUAAGAAGCUUUCAGGAGCUGUGAGGACCAUUCUUGAAUGUAUCGGGGAAGAUCCAGAGAGGGAGGGUCUCAGGGGAACGCCUGAGCGGUAUGCGAAAGCAAUGCUCUACUUCACUAAGGGUUACGAGGAGAACGUUAGGGAUCUGGUCAAUGGCGCCGUCUUCCAUGAGGAUCACGAUGAGCUGGUCAUUGUCAAGGAUAUCGAUGUCUUCUCACUGUGCGAGCAUCAUAUGGUUCCCUUUACCGGAAAGAUGCACAUUGGAUAUAUCCCCGAUCGCCGCGUCCUUGGCCUUUCCAAGCUUGCCCGCCUUGCCGAAAUGUUCUCUCGCCGACUCCAGGUACAAGAGCGCCUAACCAAACAGGUCGCUCUCGCCAUCUCUGAAGUCCUUAAGCCCAGAGGCGUCGGCGUCGUCAUGGAAUCCUCCCAUCUCUGCAUGGUGAUGCGCGGCGUUCAAAAGACUAGUAGCACGACAACCACCAGCUGCAUGCUUGGCUGCAUGCGCUCCAGCGCGAAAACCCGAGAGGAAUUCCUUACGCUUCUGAACAGAAAGUAGUUCAAACCCAGCUCAACUCAACGACUUGUACACAUCUACGCCUUCCUUUUCUCUCUCGAUUUGUUACCCCUCAUUUUAACAGUGGCUGGUAUUCAUGAUUCUUUUUUCUGGAGUUUUGGCGGGUACCUCUCAACAGGUUAUGUUCAAUAGGACCGGGUGUUGGCAGUCUCUUUUUUUCAUGGAACGAACAGGUCAAGUCUUUCUCAUCCUGACACUUUCGUUUCAUGCCCUUGCGUGUUUAUUUAACUUUUUCUAUUUCGCAUAUAUUACUACUCGCAUAGAUUUAAGUACCGAUGUCUACUUAGAACGGUCAAAAGUCCGGAACGAUAUUCAUCUUUCUUUGAGCCGUCGAACAGACAAUAGAACGAAACGGGGUGCCGGAGUAUCAGGUUGCAUUAUUUCGCCUCUCUACAUACGUGGUGAAUGUCCUUGAUCUCCGUCCUAAGUGCUGUGAUGAUAUAUGUCAUAUAUAAGCAGAAACAUCAGAAUGUAUCUUCUGG